AUAAUCUAAGACUUAUCCUUUUGAUAUUAGAUGUGACGUAUAAAGGUACUAACUAGUAAAUGAUGGCAGAGAAGAGAGAUUGCGAAGGAACGACAGAAGAUGAGGGAGAUGACAUUAAAAGAAAAGGAUUGGAUACGAACGCCUUUGCUGGAACAAGUAACGACAUUUCUGAUGAUACAAUUUGUCAGUAUGACAAAGAUCCGUUAUCAGAUUUAACAAGGAAUCAGCGUGUUGUUCUCUACACCCUGUACAUGAGUUAUUUGGCGAUUUUUGUGAAUCUUAUAUCUAUCUGUAUUAUGAUGACGUCACUAUGGGAGACAUUGAUGUCUGGAAGAUACUGGAGGAGCUGGAGGACAGGGGACUGGUGGAACGUGACAGAGAAAUGUUUAACAGUGACAGAGCUGUGUAUCAUGUCUCAAUAAAUAAAGAACAUGAGAUAAGUCAAUCUUUUAUAGAGAACUGUCUACUGAGUGACAUAGACAGAGACUUCCUUAUAGACGUGGCCGAGGUUUUCCCCUUAUAUACGUGGUAUACAACACAGGACCUUAUCAUUAACCGUGAUAUUUCAAGUCCACAAGCCAGUAGAUCUAUAACAGUGAUGAGACUGAUUAUGGAGGGAAGGAUGGACGUAGUAGGAGAUAUUAUAGAGUACACAGAUGACAUAUUAUUGCCAGCGGGAUACGUAGCCGAAUUGGAUGGAUUUGUCCAAUUUUGGGAGAACCAUUGUAAGCGGAGAAACAUACAUCCUACUGAUUGGUCUAAUGGAGUCCGUGAUGAAGAAAUGUUGAGAUAUUUCUCAACAUAUCUAUUUCUUUCUGGAUACGAGGAGGAGUUUCUGAAAUUGGCUCUGAACAAGUCAAAAUGGAGCAUACUUAUACUCAUAUUGAUGUCAGAGAAGUACAGUAUUUUAUAUGAAGAGAAGUUGUUGGAGGAAAAAGUCGACAAAAUACAACAAACCUUUCUGUCACUGAAUGGCUCUGACGAUGGAAUGUCAAAUUAUACUUUUCUUAUUCAAGAUUUGAUACACAAUGACAAAUUACUGACAAUGCACAGAGAAAACAAGGCACUAGAGUUUAUAUCAGAGGAUAUUCGUCAUCAGGUGAUGGGGUACUUUGUUCUGAACUGUUUAUUAUCUGAUGAGGAUUACAAGAACUACAUCCAGCUCUCGUCUUUUGACUCGUUGUUUGAUUAUGUCCGUACAAUGUGGUAUAAAAGGGAGAAACAAGAAAAGUAUGUGUUUAUACCGAGAAGGAUGGAGGAGACAUUAGUUAGGAGGAUUGGAAUAGACAUCUUAAGACACGCCACACUGGAAGAUGACAAGAUGAAAGACAUUGUGUGUAAAACUUUAAAUAUUCCAAGAGAAAUUCUUUAUUGGGACUACGAUGCAAGAUGCAGGUACAUAGAAUGUGCAAAGAAAGGGACACAAACGAUCCACAGGGCCCGUGCUAUGAUUGUUGGUUGUGCUGGUGCUGGAAAAACUACCCUGCUGAAACGACUACAGAAGCGAUCGCUGGAUGAAUUACAACAGGUUCAAUCUACAAUAGGCCUAGAAGUUCACGAGGACAUCUUUGAAAUUUCGGAAGACAAAUGUUUCUUAACAGCCGUGAAAGAAGAAACAGAAAAGGAAGGAAAACAACUGUUGAGUGUCAUGGAUUUUGGAGGACAGUGUGCCUACUACGCCUGUCAUCAGGUGUAUCUCAGCAGAAGAGCUUUCUAUCUACUGGUGAUAGAUAUGUCAAAGUCGUUUUAUGAAAGGAUUGACAGAAGAUUUUGUGACCAGGAGGAAACUAUGUUUGCAGAUUGGACAUAUGGAGAAUAUCUGUUGUUCUGGAUGAAAUCUGUCCAUAUGUACUGUGAUGAAGCUGCACCUGUAAUACUUGUUGGGACUCAUCUUGACAAAACUACAGGACAGACCACCAAUUCAUUCUACAAUAGUAUUAUUAAGCAUCUACGGUUUGAUAAAAGCCUCAAGAAACACUUGGACAGAAAGAGAUGCUUCCUUGUAGGAUUUCAAAACAAAAAUGACCCUUCUUUAGAUGAUCUUUCUGACCUGAUGAUCUGCAUCGCUUCAAUUGCAAAAGAGGAUCGAUGGAAGGAAACAAUACCAGCUGACUGGGCGCUGGGUGAAUCAACCCUCAGGUACCUCAGAGGACAAAACCGUCGAGUGAUUUCAAAGGAAGAUUUUCAAAAAGAAUGUUUUGGUAAAAUCUAUGAAAAAUAUAAACAAGUUCCAGAUAUCUUAAAACUCUUCCAUGAAAUCGGAGUAAUUUUGAAUUUUAAAGACGACGUUCUUUCUGAAACUGUUAUUAUUGACAUCCAGUGGUUUGUCGAUGCAUUCAAAAAUAUCAUAACUGAUUUGAACCAUGUCAUGGAUGUUGUUGAAAACAAUGAUGAUUGGCAAAAUUUUUACCAAAAUGGAUAUAUGUCGGACUUGCUUUUGGAAGAAAUAUGGUCAACUAAAGGUUUCAAGGUUGGAACAUUCAAAUCCACGAUCCUUCAAUACAUGCAGCGUCUUGGUUUGCUUGUUGUUGGUGAUAACCAACACUACAUACCAUGCAUAAAUAAGUGUACCUUUGAUGCCACCCAUGAGGACAGUUUUAGAAGGUGGGAAAAUAAGACCUCGGUGCUUGUUCUUAGAUUUCAGUUUCUUCCAUAUUUCAUUUUCUGUCGCCUUGUUGUCGCCUGUAUAACAAGAACAGAUGGAGAAUGGGGAUUUCUUAACGACCAAGGAUUGCGUCUGUUUAAAGACGUUGCUUGCUUCGCUUACAAGGAUCACAAAGUUGCUCUUGCUGUAAACCAUUCAUCGAUACAGAUCCAGGUUUUUAAACCUGGUAACUCAAUUUUAGAAAAGAAAGUUACACUGGAGGUACUUAGUACCAUAGAAAGGCUACUGAAAGAACUCUCAGGAACUUUUCAUCAGGAGAUAAUGUACACUGUAGGAUACCAGUGUUCCAUGAACGAAGUAUUUAGAGAAUACGACGGGUGUUUUGUUGAGGAGACAGAAAUUUACAGCAAGGGUCAAAUAGAUUGUCCUAGACAUGCGUUGUUACAUCAUCAUGUUCUCCGCGAAUCAGAUUUACUGUAUCACUGGAAGCAGGACUGUAAAAUUGAAAAUCCAAGAAAUCCAGUGGCUGCUUUACGUCAAGACAAUUUUAUUGUCGCUUAUGAAGAGGGACUGCGAAAAUUCAAUUUCAAGACAUUUGAACAAUUGACAAAGGUUGGACGAGAUGCCCUUCAGAUCUACUUUGAUAAAGAAUUCCCAUUAAAGGACCUUGUCAGCAUGUCAUCGAGACAAGCGAAAGUGAAAAAAGCACUUCGUCUGAAUGACGAUCAAUGUGCUAAAUUAUUUCCAGCUAAUAAGUCCAAUCCUUCCUCAGAAAUGUUUGAUGUGACGAUGAUGUACACGAUGUUACGUAAUCGUAAUCCAAGUAUACAGUCCCCGACUAAAGGUUGGGGAAAGACUCCGGAAACAUCCGAUACAAGAUUGACAGAUGACGUAGAAAGGAUCCGGAUUUACAGAAAUGAAAUUGGGCAUGCAACGGAAGCAACAAGUAAAUUAGAAAAGAAGGAACUAGAGAAGAAAGCAAGAGAUCUCAUGCAGGCGAUUCUGGGGUUGAGCAACGGAGUUCUGAAACAAAAAAUGAUGAAUGUGUUGGAAGGAAGAACAUAGCAAAGUCACAUGGAUGGCAGAAUCUAUGAAAAAAGUCAUCUUGCAAGGAAAACAAGACCUGGCUACCAAGACUGAAGAAAUGACUGACGUCAAAAAGAACUUGUGUGCACAAUCAAAGUGAUCUUUAACGAUGUAAUUCUGUUGAUUAUUAAUCAUCAGAUAGGAAAACAAGGCAAUUUAAAUUUACGAUAUACAUGUAUGCUUUUGAUAAAUGAUGUGAAUUGUCAUGGAAAACGAUUUUUUUAAACGAUGUCAAUUUGAAAUAGAAGUUAAGCAUUUAAAAAAUAUAUGAUGUGUAAAUAUAAUAAUGACCAAAACACUGAUACAAUGUAAAUGUAACUGUGAAAUUUGCCUAUUUUUCACUAAGAACAUACUGACAACAAACCCAAAUCAAAUAUGUUUAUAGUCACAAACAUGCUAAAAAUUUCAAUUUAAUGUAUACGGUAUUGAUCAAAUAUAUAUGAUGUGAAGGAAAAGUGCAACAUUAUAAUUUUUCACACUCUAGUAAUUGUGCUUUAUUCAAUAUAUUUUUUGUCUUUUUUCAGUAUGCCAUAUUUUGUGUUAUUUGGAUUUUAAUCCAGACAUAUAUAUCAAAUAAAAAAAACUUUUUUACCUCAAAUAUUUGCUGAUAAAUUCAGUAAAAUAUGCAAAUUCGCUUUUUAUUUUUUUUAUGAAAAUAGAAAUGGAGGAAUUUUUAUUUUAUUACAUAUUAUGCUAUUUAACAAUGCAACGGGUAUGGAGAAAAUGUUUGAAGAAGUAAAGAAUUGAUUAAGA